UUCUGUGCGAUCUAUUUCUCCGAGGCUACAUAAAACAGUCUCCUGGUUGAUCAGAUGCCCACGAACUGUCUGGUUCCCCGAAAGACUGGAGAAUGCUCUACGAUUUUUGGUGGGUUUCCUCCACCCCCCUACGCUCCUCCCGUGCAUAUAUCUUUGGCAGGAAGCUAGAUUCAGACCUAUACGCACACGUCAAAGCGUCCGGACAUUCACAAGGGAUGUCUCACGAGCCGAUGCAGAACCGUAUGCAUCAUGUACACAUGGACUCCUGUUACAGUGCUACUGCAUCAGCUGUUCCGCAGCAUGCUCGAUCGAAAACUAGUUACCGUGCAUCGGCUUCUUGUGACCCGCAUGUUGAGGACUCAUUGUCAAACAGUACCUCGUCACUGUCGAGUUCUGGGAAAGCGGUUGCUCAACGUUAUGAUCAAAGUGCGGCAAGGCAAUCUUUGUGCUACGGUCCCAGUGAUUCGCUCAACUAUCGGUACGCCGUCGAUCCGCAAUUGCCUAGCACAACGUCGUACGCGGAUGAAAAAUUUCCCGUCGUGCUCUUGCAUCAUGUCCAUCGGGGGGAUAUACCCCACGAACAAGAACCUUCAUCCAACAAUUUUAAUGUGUCAGAAUCGCCAACCCAAUGCCUGUGGAACGACAGCCAAGGCCAGUGUAGCUUUACUGCAGAUACGGUCACGACCGUGAUGAAGCAUAUAUCAUUGCACCAUCUUCGUGAGCAUCAGCACUCCGACUGCCAGGUGCGAUGUCGAUGUAGGGGCUGCCUGCUUCGGAGGACCAUAAGACGAGAUACAAUUCUCAGGCAUAUCCGCGAAAUACAUUACGGGGACAAAUUUCGCCGCAAGAACUCACCGUGAGUUCCAUCUGCACUUGAAAGACUGAUCACUUUGGGUCGCACUAUGUAGGAGGCG